AUGAAUGCGAGAACUACCACAAUCACUAUGUCCUGGACAUCCAAUGUCACAAAAGCACCUUCUGAUGGCGUCAUCGUUUCCUGGAGGAUGGCAAUGAUCACUUUAAUAACUGUUCCACUCUCAGCCAUCACUAUCAUUGGCAACAUUUUGGUCAUCAUCUCUUUUCGGGUCAACCCCCUUCUUAGGACGGUCAGCAAUUACUUCUUGUUGAGCUUGGCUGUUGCCGACCUCAUUCUUGGAACUAUCUCAAUGAACCUCUACACCACUUACAUCCUGAUGGGUCACUGGACACUGGGCAAUCUGGCCUGUGACAUUUGGUUGGCUGUGGAUUACGUGGCAAGCAAUGCUUCUGUCAUGAACCUUUUGGCUAUCAGCUUUGACCGCUACUUGUCCGUCACAAGACCGCUAACCUAUCGGGUUCGUCGCACGCCCAAAAGGGCAGCACUAAUGAUUGCUCUGGCAUGGGGAAUAUCAUUUGUGCUGUGGGCACCGGCUAUAUUGUUCUGGCAGCACAUAGUGGGUGAAAGGACUGUAGCGGAAGACCAGUGUUCAAUCCAGUUCCUGUCAGAACCUGUGAUCACAUUUGGAACAGCCAUCGCAGCAUUCUACUUUCCUGUGAGUGUGAUGGUGGUCCUGUACUGGCAGGUGUACCGAGAGACAGAGAAGCGUUCAAAGCAACUGGCAGGAUUAAUGGGGUCUCAUGUGGGUGGAUCAAACAAAUCUUCACAGUCCCAGUCCAGUAGUAGCUAUGUAAGCGACGUGGAGAAGCUCGGGGUUCAGACAAGCACCCAGCCAAAGUCAGAAAACAGUGUAAAAAGGAGUCUGUGUCCCUUCAUCACGCACUGUACAGCAACAUUGUGGAAGACAAGGAGGAUACGAUACAUCAGACCCUCAUCAAACACUGCAGACUACAACCCACAGGCAGGCACACAUUACAUCCUCAGCAGUCAACAGGAUGCUGCAAAAAAGCCUGCGGAUGUUCCUCUUGCUCUGGUAUCUAGGAAGCUAGAUUCUCUCAGUAAUUCUGAUGUGCAAUCUAGUGUUCGAGUGGAGAACUGUCAAUCAGACAGUCAGCAAUCAAUUAGCGAAUGUCCUGAAGCUAAAAGUACUUCAACUCCUCUACAAGAUGAAGUGCAGAGAAGCAGAAAGCCACGUAGCUGGUCUCUGGUAAGAGAAAAGAAGGCAGCACGGACCCUGUGUGCCAUCCUGCUGGCCUUUAUAAUGACAUGGACACCCUACAACAUUAUGGUGCUAGUGUCUACAUUUUGUGAUGACUGUGUUCCAGAAAGUCUGUGGCAGUUGGGUUACUGGCUAUGCUACGUCAACAGCACAGUGAACCCACUCUGCUAUGCUUUCUGCAACAAGCAAUUCCGGGUCACUUUCAAGGCCCUGCUACUCUGUAGGUGGAGUAAACAGAAAAUGGGUAGGAUAAGGGGUAAGGGUAAGUCGUUUUCUAUGUACUGACACCUA